GUCACCACCUCACUGUCCGGCUGUCCCUGUCCCUGUCCCUGCGCAUCAAUCAAUCCCACGGUCUUCCUGCCGCUUCCUCGGCUGCCCCCAUCCUCCGAAUCCUGCCUCGCCUCGAUCUCCCCGUUCCUCGUGUUCCGACGGAGGGUGGCGGGCGACUAAUGGGGACGGGGGCGGGGAGCGCGCGGGCUCUGGCCGUGGCGUUCGCCGUCUCGCUUCUCGCCUGCUCUGGCGCCGUCGCUGUCGCCAGGGCGCAGGACACCGAGCGGAUCGAAGGAAGUGCUGGUGAUGUGCUCGAAGACGAUCCCGUUGGGAGGCUCAAGGUGUAUGUCUACGAGUUGCCGACCAAGUACAACAAGAAGAUGGUGGCUAAAGACUCUAGGUGUCUCAGCCACAUGUUUGCCGCGGAGAUCUUCAUGCACCGCUUCCUACUGUCUAGCGCGAUCCGGACUUUAAAUCCAGAAGUAGCCGAUUGGUUCUAUACUCCGGUAUACACCACGUGUGAUCUCACACCGUGGGGUCAUCCCUUGCCCUUCAAGUCACCACGGAUAAUGCGGAGCGCGAUUCAGUUCAUUUCCAACCGGUGGCCAUACUGGAACAGGACAGAGGGAGCAGACCACUUCUUUGUCGUGCCACAUGACUUUGGCGCAUGCUUCCACUACCAGGAAGAGAAGGCCAUCGAGCGGGGCGUCCUUCCGUUGCUUCGCCGUGCUACACUGGUCCAGACUUUUGGGCAGAAGGAUCAUGUCUGCCUGAAGGAAGGCUCCAUCACCAUCCCGCCAUAUGCUCCUCCUCAGAAGAUGAAAACCCACCUCGUUCCCCCAGGGACCCCUAGGUCGAUCUUCGUGUAUUUCCGCGGUUUAUUCUAUGACACUGCAAAUGAUCCUGAGGGUGGUUACUAUGCAAGGGGCGCCCGUGCAUCAGUCUGGGAGAACUUCAAGAACAACCCGCUCUUCGACAUCUCAACGGACCACCCACCCACGUACUACGAGGACAUGCAGCGUGCCGUCUUCUGCCUGUGCCCGCUGGGCUGGGCCCCGUGGAGCCCCCGUCUGGUGGAGGCGGUGGUGUUCGGCUGCAUCCCGGUGAUCAUCGCCGACGACAUCGUCCUUCCCUUCGCGGACGCGAUCCCGUGGGAGGAGAUCGGUGUCUUCGUGGCCGAGGACGACGUCCCGAGGCUGGACACCAUCCUGACGUCCAUACCGAUGGAGGUGAUCCUCCGGAAGCAGAGGCUGCUCGCGAAUCCGUCCAUGAAGCAGGCCAUGCUGUUCCCGCAGCCCGCCCAGGCUGGGGACGCCUUCCACCAGAUCCUGAACGGGCUGGCGCGGAAGCUGCCGCACGGUGAGGACGUGUUCCUCAAGCCCGGGCAGAAGGUGCUCAACUGGACCGAGGGCCCCCGCGGCGACCUGAAGCCAUGGUAGGUGUACUGGAAAAAAAUGCCAUGGCACCGUCAGCGUGUCCGCUGUUCUUGUGUACGCUACACAGCACAACCAGAUGGGAAGCUGAUCGACGACGAGGACGAUGAGUACUCCCAUGUCACUGAUGUAAAUGUAAAGCGUCUUCCAGCCCACCAGGCACUGUGCUUCUUCAGGCGACGUGUCUGGUUUGCUUGUGUUGUGUCUGUUCUGAACUUUACUUUAGCGUUAACCUAUUAACGAUCGGAGAUCAUGUAAUUUAUGGCUGUUGUAUUCUCCCUAUAGUAUCAAGGACAUGUUUGAUUAGUUUAGUCUAGGGACUAAAAUUUAGUUAGGAGACUAAAGUUUACUCCCUACUCUAUUUAGUUGUAGGGACUAAAAAUAUUCAGAGCAUAUUAAAUGAAUCAU